CUCAGCUGGAGCAGCGGGCUGUACUUCUCGGCCCUAGCUUCCUGACCCGUAGCCUCCACCAAAGCGCCAUGGCUCCCAGGAAGCGUGGUAGUCGGACGAACAAGACCAACUCGUUGCGGAGCCAAAAGCUCGCCUCCUUUCUUAAGGACUUCGACCGUGAAGUGCAAGUACGAAUCAAGCAAAUUGAGUCAGACAGGCAGAACCUUCUCAAGGAGGUGGAUAACCUGUACAACAUCGAGAUCCUACGGCUCCCCAAGGCUGUGCGCGAGAUGAACUGGCUUGACUACUUCGCCCUUGGAGGAAACAAACAGGCCCUGGAAGAGGCAGCAACAGCUGAUGUGGAUAUCACAGAAAUAAACAAACUAACUGCAGAAGCUAUCCAGACUCCCCUGAAAUCUUCCAAAACACGAAAGGUAUUACAAGUGGAUGAAAUGAUAAUGGAAGAAGAAGAGGAGGAGGAAAAUAAACAUAAGAAUCUUCAAACUUCAAGAGUCAAAAGGUGUCCUCCAUCUAAGAAGAGAACCCAGUCCGUACAAGGAAAAGGCAAAAGCAAAAGAUCAAGCCACAACAGCAAUGUGACCCCAGCUGUAAGCAGAUUAGAGUUGUCUAUGGUGAAACCAACUCCAUGCCUGACGCCCAGGUUUGACUCCAGGGUCUUCAAGGCCCCAGGCCUGCGCACGCCAAUAGCCAGAGAGCAGAUUUACAGCAUCUCUGCCAAUGGCAGCCCUCUUGCUGAUGGCAAAGAGAUCUCCCUGACUGUGCCAGUGGGCGGCGGAGCGAGUAUGCGGUUAUUGGCCAGUGACUUGCAGAGGAUUGAUAUCACACAGCUGCAUCCAGAGGCUUUAGGGGACAUUAAGAAGCUCUCGAGUCAUCUCGCCCAAAUCUGCAGCAGCAUACGAUCCCACAAGUGAGACUGUACAGGCUGUAGCAGUGACCAUGGCAGCAGAAUGUGUACAUCUCCCUCCUGUUACCCACCAUCUCCUCCUCUGUUGAUGCAGGGUACUGGGUGGGGCCUUGGAAUCUUUUACCUGCUGUGCCUAAUAGUCCUUGUCAAGCUGACGUGUGGAACAGAGUUUUGUGCUUAUCAAAGACCAAAAACUGGUUUGGAGGCAGCUUCCAUGUCUUGUAUUUCUACCUCUCUAAUUAGUGGGGAUUUGGAGAAGGGAAUUACAGGGCUUAGAGUAGUCUAGGAGUUUAAGUGACUGGCUGCAGAGUAACCAUCCCUAUGCUGUCUGUGGUCCAGUGGUCCCUGCCAAGUCUGUGGACUCCACAGAGAGCACUUCUCUCAAUGGGAUCACUGGGAGGGCCAGGGUGCCUUGUCUGGUGAUAUUGUUAUGCGUUUAGCUCAUGCUGAGGGCACAGACUAGUUGUGUGGAGUCAGCAGUUACAGCCUUGUGCUCUGAGCAGAGCCUCUGAACCCCAAAGGGCCACAUACUAUGGUCCAGGAAUUUUGGGAACUAGGAUUAUUACUCCUGGCUUGCAGGCACGCAGCUCCCUCUCUUGCGUCUGGCUCUUUAGUCAUCUUUUGUGUUAUUAACUCGGUCCUGUACAGGCUGGUUGUUGCAAGUUGCUUUAUUCUCCUUUUCAUGAGACUUUUUGUACAUAUUGUUUUCCUAGUAAUGGUAUGUCCAAGCUGAUUUGUUCAAAUCAGAGCUACUGCGAGAUACUGCUUUCAAUAAAUUUUGAUUUUGUUUUGUUUUUUAA